UUGAUAAAGAAAUAAAAGCUUCCAUGUUUCAAAAUUGUUACAGAUUGCAGAUCCAGUUCAUUCCGUAAUUGACCAAAUCAUUAAUAAUGAAAUGCAACUUCAAAUGGUAGAUGAUUUUGAUUUAGAAAUUACACGUCAAAAUGAAUAUUUAGGAGUUUUUGGGCUUUUCAGGCAACCUAUCAUAGGGGAUGGAAAUUGUUUAUUUAGAGCAAUAAGUUUAUCAUUGUUUGGAGAUCAAGACCACCACCUCGAACUUAGAGAAACAGCUAUCAAUGAAAUUCAACAAAAUUUAAAUGAAUUUAGGAUGUCUUUCUAUCAUGAUAGUGAUAAUAUGCCAAUGACUGACCAAGAAAUUGAAAUAGAAUUAAAUAAUUUGAGGCAGUUUGGGACAUAUGCUGGUCAGGAAUGCAUUUUAGCUUUGUCAAGACACUUUCACAUUAACAUUUUGGUAACAUUUGGUGGUGAUAUAGAUAAUCCAAAUGUGGUCACUCAUGAACACAACUUUGGUCAAUCAGAUUCGCAAAUUCACCUGGUUUGGACAAGAUUUGGGGGUGGGCAUUAUGAAAGUGUUUUAGAAAAUCCUGCAUUGCAUAUUAAUGAACAAUCGCAAAAUGACUUAUCUAAAUCUAAACCAUCUAGUAAAUAUGUAUGGAAAGAAAAUAUGUAUUGUAGGAAAUAUGACUUGUAUAAUCUGGUAAAUCAAAAGACACAGCAGUCAGGUGAUUACAUAAAAAAUAUACAUUCUUAUGGAAAAGAAAAAGAACCUGAAGUCAGUGAAAAAAAUCAGUGUAGUCAAUGUAAAAAAAAAUUCUAUGAUAGGUCAACUUUACUUAGACAUAAAAAAAAAGUGCAUGAAAAAGAGAGUAAAAAUCAUGAAAAUAGGGUGUCAUGUUUUGUACCAUCAUGUGAUUUAAAUUUUUUUCAUAUAGAGAACCUAAUUGAACAUUUGAUCAAUGCGCACAGUGCCGAUAUUGAAAUUGAAAAUUUGGAAUUUGAGAAUAUGGGGGCUUUUGAUAAAUUUAAGGAGGAGGAAUCUUUACAAAAAAAUACAAGGUUUGUUCUACACAGAUCAAUUAAAACAAAUAAAGAUGGCAGCAAAAAUUUCAUUUUAAUUUGUCAUAGAGAUGGUAAAAAAAGAUGUAUAGAUAAAACCGGAAAAAGAAGAAAUAACAAGAAAGGUUCGUGUAAAAUAGAAGGUCUUUGUUUGUCAAGAAUGUCGGUAUCUGUUGGGAUAGAUGGAACUGUCAAAGUAAAGUAUAUCAAAUCGCAUUCCCACUCCCUUGAUUUUGGUCAAAGUAAAUUUCUUCCCAUUCCCGAAAAUAUAAAAAGUGAAAUAAGUACAAUGUUGGCCUUGAAAAUUCCUAUUAGUAAUAUUCUUGAUAAAAUAAGAGAAAAUUUUUGUGAUAGGGAUAAUCGUGAGGACAUGAAAGGAAUUAAACAUUAUCACUUAAUUGAUAGGAAGACAAUUCACAAUAUUAAACAGAAAAUAGUCGAUUCUUCGGUCAUUAAGCACAGUGAUGAUGCCACAUCAACAUUUUUGCGUGUAGAAUCUCUUAGGAAAGAAAAAUUUGAUCCAGUUUUAAUUUAUAAACAACAAGAUGUAGUGGACCAAACAUUAGGACUUGAUAAAGGGGAUUUCAUGUUGGCAAUUAUGACAAAACAACAACUUACCAUGUAUGAAAAAUUUGCCCCCAUUAUUCUUUGUAUGGAUUCAACCCACAAAACCAAUAUUUAUUCUUUUAAAUUAAUAACACUGUUAGUUCCAGAUGAAUUUAGAAAUGGUUAUCCCGUGGCAUUUUGUAUUUCAAACAAAGAAGAUGAGAAAGCAAUUAGCAUUUUUCUUCAGUCAGUAAAAAACAGAUCACCUCAGACAAAAGUAAAAAUUAUAAUGACCGAUGACGAUAAUUCAGGGUGGAAUGCAGCUCAAAAGGUAUAUGGGCCUGAUUUAAAACAAUUUCUAUGUAUUUGGCAUGUUCAUAGAAAUUGGAGGCGAAGAAUCCAGCAACACAUCAAAGAAAGUCAACUUCAAACUGAGAUUUAUUACCUAUUAUGUUCAGCUUUACAAACCAAAUCGGAAAAUUAUUUUAAUCAAUAUAUACAAGGUUUAGUUAGGAAAAAUAAAGAAACAGACAUAGAAGGUCAUCAGAUACCAACUAGUAAUGUCCAAGAUAAGGUCCAAAUUGUUAGUGCAUCAAUUACUUCACAAUCCAAAAUGACCAAAAUCAAAGAAAUUCAAGACAAAUUAAAGAUAAUAUCAGAUCAGGUCCAAAAUGACAAAUCUGUUCAAGAUCAUAGGCUAGACAAUGUGCUUCUUGCUUUGAACCAUAUCAUAUCUGCAAAUGAGGGUUGCAAAAAAAUAUCAAGGUCAUUCCUCCAGUUCUCAAAAACUGAAAAAAUAACAUCAAAUGCCAUUAAUGAGAAACAACCAAGAUUUAGGCGUACAGAAAAAACAGCUGGUAGAAAAAGAAAAGCACCUUUACGAAAACCAUCUGAGGGUGAAAAAAUAAAACUUUUAGAGAAUUUGCAACAAAACCAGGAUUUUGAAGGUGAAAACUCCAUCUCUGAUAUGCAGAACUCAGAUUCUGAUCAAACAUCAAGUAGAGAUAAUGAACAAGGUGCAAAUUUACAAACAUCUGAGUUAGGGCCAUCUGUUGCCCCAUAUCCCCCACUAAGAUUAGUUCAUCCUUCUCAGCCAGCAAACUUACCCAUACAAACAACUGAACCCUUAUUCAAUGUUUUUUCAACAACAUGGUCUACCCUCGACAUACAGAAUACCCCCAUCUUUGUAUGGUAG